CCAUAGUAUGAAAACAUUAGCUUGUAGAAAUCCCCUACUGUUCCUGUAAGUGUCUAGUUCACCAGUUAAGUUAUUUGACAAAGUGUUCAGGGAGAGGAAGCCUUUUUAGCUGCAAUGGCAGCCCCAUCUACAGACCGCCCAGUGACAAUCACUGUGGGUGCCAUAUUAAGACUUCAAGUGAAACCCCCACUAGCCAGACCCCCAAGGCUAUCGGUUGCAGUCACAGUGCAAUGGGUGGUCAUAACUCUGGCACGAGUCAUCUUUGGUGUUGUUUAUUUCAAGGACUGCCCUCAGCAACCUAACAUUCCCAACUACCUGUUAGGGUUGGCUUUGAUGACGCUGCUGAUGAUACCGUAUGUGACCCUUCCCUGUGAGAGGGAUGCAGCUCAGCCACAGGAGCAUCCCAAAGGUUUCAAAGCCUGUCUGCCGUGCUUAAUAAACCUGUUUUUCUGCACAUGGAUCCUGGCAGGUGACGUGUGGGUCUUCUCAGUCUAUCAACCCAACUAUGAUCCUGCAGCUGCUGAUGGUGCUUACUGUGAUAAGACCCUGUAUACAUUUGCUUUCUGGAAUGCAGUGUGGGAGACCUUUGUGAUUUUGGUCCUCUUGGCCAGACUCUGCAAAGGGCUGCUGUGUUGUGUGAUGAUGAGUCCUGCAACAACAAACAGAGACUUUUAUGGGAAUGUAUGAGACAUGGAUGGAUAGAUCUAAGGUUUAAAUAAUUAUCUGUGUACAUAAAUAUAUUUCAUUGUGCACAUUAAAUAGGACUUUACAGGGAUUUUAUCAUAAUUUGUGCAGUGGGAGAUUUAGUAUGAGAGAAUGUGUUUUUCACGUAGGGCUAAAAAUAACAAUUAUUUCCAUUAUGGAUUCCAUUAUCCAUUAUGGCUAUUAUUUUCUCAAUUAACUAAACUAUUGGUUUGCUCUGUAAAAUAAAAAAUACCAUAGCAAUUUCCAACAGGCAAAGGUUAUGUCAUUAAACUGCUUUUUGAGAGGCUGGAACAAGGGCAUAACUGGCAUUAUUGCUUGAAAAUGACUCAAUCAAUUAUUAAAAUAGUUGCCAAUUAUUCUUCUAUAAAUUCAUUGACUUAUCAUCAAUUGUGUAGUUUCCCUUUUAAAUUGGUUAUUGUUAUGGUUCUUUGGCAAAUGCUAUGGCUUAAUUGCUUUUCUUUUUUCACUUUGUUUUCUACAAAUUGUCAAUUUAAAACUGUUGUUGUAAGACUUACUAAUUAUCGGCUAUGUAGUAGUUAUAUGCUAUGUCUUGUUUAUUUUAUGUAGCUAGCUAAUAUUAGUUUCUGCUGGAAUGUCAGUUUUAAAUAAAGGUUAUUUGAUUUUG